ACCACGAGCAGCCAGGCCGCAGUGUUGCUGUUCCCAAUGUGGUCCGCUUCGGGAGUGCCUGCUUGUGAUUGGGCGGGGGGAGCGGCACCUGGUGCUGCAGCUGUUCAUGCUCAGUAGUCAGUCACUCAAGUGGUAUCACAUACAGCGUGGUGACAGAGAGUAUUUACUGCAGAGGCUGUGUCCAUUGCCGGUAAGAGCUGGAAGAAGAACAGUUACGUCUGAAUGCUAAAAGAAUGGCAGAAGCUGUAGCCAGAGUAGCAAGGAGGGUCAACGAGGUGGUGGAGAACGGAGGACACCAUCUAGACCUAUCCAGUUGUGCCUUGAAUGCUUUCCCAACUGGCCUGUAUUUAGCUAUGAAGUCAGUUGCUGACCAAAUCUACUCAAUCUCGCUGGCCAACAACGAAUUAAAGAGCCUGACAGGCAAAUUCUUCACUACUUUCAAAGAGCUACAAGAACUCGAUCUUGAAGGAAAUCUUUUGGCGAGACUCCCUGGUGAAGUCAGUUUUCUAACUAAUCUUAAAGUGAUCAAUUUAUCCAAGAAUAAGCUUGACAAAUUCCCAGAUGAGCUGACAAAAGUACAAUGUAUUGAGAGUAUCAACCUUGAAGCCAAUCAAAUUAAAGCUAUUCCUGUAGAGACUUUGAACAAUCUACCACAUCUCUUACUCGUGAACUUGAAGCUGAACCCUAUAAAUAAGGACAACUCAAACCUCGGUACACUUAAAUUUGAGCUUGCCAUGUAAACGGUACUAUGGCCCUCAUUCCGAGUUGUUCGCUCGCUAGCAGAUUUUAGCAGCAUUGCACACACUAGGCCGCCGCCCUCUGGGAGUGUAUCUUAGCUUAGCAGAAAAGCGAACGAAAGAGUAGCAGAACUGCGAAUAGAAAAUUCUUAGCAGUUUCUGAGUAGCUCGAGACUUACUCCUACACCUCGAUCAGCUCAGCCCGUUUCGUUCCUGGUUUGACAUCACAAACACGCCCUGCAUUCGUCCAGCCACUCCCCCGUUUCUCCAGACACUCCCGCGUUUUAUCCUGGCACGCCUGCGUUUUUCCGUGCACUCCCAGAAAACGGUCAGUUUCCGCCCAGAAACACCCACUUCCUGUCAAUCACACUCCGAUCACUUCAACAAUGAAAAUUCUUCGUUCGGACGUGAGUAAAUCUACUGUUUUGUGCUAAAAUACUUAGCGCAUGCGCACUGCGUACCAUGCGCAUGCGCAUUUUUGCCUUAAUCGCUCCGGCAACGAGCGAACAACUCGGAAUGACCCCCUAUAUGAGGUAUCAGAUUUGGAUACGUAAUCUUUAAGUGGUAGUUCAACUGGGAUAUGAUAUCAACUUGAAUACAUAAGUGUAGAUUUACUAAGGUUUCAAGAAAUUCAAAAUGGGGGAAUUGUCCAUAACAAAUUUCAUUUUCUAGCUGUCAUUUCUCUAUUGAAUCCUAGAAAAUCAUAGAAUCUGGUUGCUAUGGACUACUUUUCAUUUUUAGAAGCUUUAGUAAAUCUAUCUCCUAAUCUCUAAAUGGUAAUUCAGUAUGGACACAUAGGGGUACAUUUACUAAAGUGUGAGUUUAAAGAUGUGGAGAUGUUGCCCAUAGAAACAAAUCAGAGUCUAGCUAAUAUCUUCUAGAAGGUACUAGAUAAAUGAUAGUUAAUAUUUGAGUGGUUGCUAUGGCCAACAUCUCCACUUCUAUAAACCCGCACUUUAGUAAAGAAACCCCAUAAUCUCUAGGUGUUUAUUCAACUGGAUUUCCUCAUAUGCUGACAUUUUAUAUAUAUUCUCUGUUUUCAAAUGGAUUGUUUUAAUUCAUUGGUGUGCAUUCUUUGCAAGAUUGUUGUGGAAUGUUUUUGGUUUAGAUUAAAAAAAAACUGCUUCAAUAAAAUCAUUUUAAAAUCA